AUGCACGUAGAUAAAGAGUGGAACUUCACUAGUUCCUUUUUGGACCGCAAGGCCCAGAGCUCAUGUUGCCUGUUGCACUCAGAUAAGGCCCAAUUUUACUUGUGCUUUGUUGUUCGUGGCCGAAUUCGCUCUACCAUAUUCUCCAAGUUAGACCUCCGCUCCGGGUUUCUAUGGACACAAGUAAGAAGAUUCGUGAAGCAUUAUGGGCUCAUAGCCAAGCCUUUAACUGAGCUGCUCAAGAAGGGGAAUUUUAUUUGGACACCCAAUGCCGAUACAGCGUUCUCCGAGUUGAAGGCCGCUAUCACCUCCGCCCCGGUCCUCGCCCUGCCCAAUUUUGAUGAGGAGUUUUUCAUCGAAACAGACGCUAGCGGUCAGGGGAUUGGCGCAGUUCUCACUCAGAAUCGUCAUCCGGUGGCAUUCCUCAGUACCACCCUCUCACCAAAGAAUCAAUCACUCUCCACAUAUGAAAAAGAGAUGUUUGCCGUGCUUAUUCCGGCAAUUACACGGGCCUGCCACUCCUACUCGGAAGCAAGUGUCAUUAUUGCAACCCUGGAAAACAAUGAAACCACAAAGAAAUGGUUCAGCUUACUUGAUGGGCGCCUUCUCUACAAAAACCGGAUCUUCGUCCCUCAAAGUUCCGAUUGGAGAUGCAAGAUUCUGUAUGAAUUUCAUUCUACCCUUGCAGCCGGUCACUCUGGCUUUCUCCGCACUUAUACUCACCUGGCUCGUAGCUUCGCUUGGCCGGGCAUGCGCCGUGAUGUGAAGCGCUAUGUGGCUUCUUGUGAUCAAUGUCAACGCAACAAUUACGAGUCAAUUCAUCCACCUGGCCUGCUACAACCUCUUCCGAUUCCGGAAAACAUUUGGGUUGACAUUGUAAUGGAUUUCAUUGACGGCCUCCCACCAUCCGAUGGCAAAACCUCCAUUCUGGUUGUUGUGGAUCGCUUGUCGAAGUAUGGUCACUUCGUGGCUGUGACUCACCCUUACUCCGCAGCCCAAAUUGCUGAAGUCUUCACCAAGGAGAUCUUUCGACUCCAUGGGAUGCCUCGCUCCAUUGUCAAUGACCGUGACAAGAUUUUUAUCAGUAACUUCUAG